CUCGAAGUGGCAUUCUGUUUCUGUUUCUGUGUCUGUUUCUGUUUGGCACCUCAGUCAAUAAAAUGAAUCGAUCAAUUCGCCCUCCUCGAAGGUUUCCCGGCCGGUGAAUGUCCUGAAUCUGCGUUUUUCAUGUUCAAACCAUAUUCACUACUAAUAAAUCCUAUCCCUACACCAACUCGCGAUGCCUCCCUCACGCCCGCCGCCGCCUGAGUUAUCCCCCACCAGCGCGCAUUUCCUGUCCUCCGCGUCGCACGCUGGAACAACGGGCUCUGUACGAAGAAACCUGUUCUCGGCUCAUCUGUCACGUCGGCCGGCGUCUAGAACAGGAUCGCAAACUGCCAGUGCGUCUCAGACAACAUCGCACAGCCAAGGCAGUACUACCAGUACCAGCAAUGGUACUUCUCGAACCACCGCUCGAGACCAACAACAACAGCAACAGCCGCCCAGUCAACCGACCAACAACCCAUACCAACAUCGGGCACUACCUCAUCCGCGGACGCACCAACGGUCCGUUUCGACGCCUUCACUCUCUCCGUCCCCUCCACAACUAUCUCCCUACACCAGCCGCAACAUGUCUCCCGAACCGGGCCAGGAUGGGCACCAGCAGCAGCAGCACGCGACAUUCGAGUCGCCCGCGGCAGGCCGACGGCGACUUGACCACCAACGACGACACCCCUCGCCGCCCAGUAAUGGCAUCCCACAACUCCAACAUCAGCAACACCACAUCCUCCAGCCAACAACAUCCUCGUCCAGCCACCGUGCCCUUCUAACCGAGGGCUACGACCCGACCAUUUCCCCCAAUCGACCGCUCAGCCCGCGGUCGACCGCAACACUAUUUCCUAAUGCGUCCAUUAUCGCCCUCAACCCGCUCACAGGCAGACCGGUCCUGCCUCGUCUCCCAGUUCUACCUGGGCGACUACGACUAUCUGAUGCCGACGACGACAACAAUGGACAACAAACCCCGGGUGGCGACGACGAUGUCGACAUGCACCAAGGACACAACCCACAUUACGCCGAGGACGAGGCGGUGGCACGAGCAUACCAGCGGGGACGGAGAAGACAAGAACAAGAAGAAGCCACCACUCCCGACCAUAUCCAAGCGGCGGCCGUGAUGGCAGAAGCCGAGGCCGAGGCCGAAGCAGACGAAGAGCGCCGCGAUCGCGAACGCAUUGAGCGACUGCUGCGCGAAAUGAUGGCCAGACAACGUGCCCGGGCGGCGAUGAAAAGCAAGUCUUCCGUGGCGACCAGCGGCCCUGGCGGCAACAAAGCCUCGUCUUCGCAAUCGCACUCGCAAUCAUUUAAUCGAGUCGCCCGGCGAAGGAGAGGAGGAGGAAUCGACGCAGCAAACAACAUGAACACCACCACCAAUAAGGGCGCCAGCGCCAGUAAUACUAAUAUUAAUACUAAUGACCACCUGACGAGUCACCAUCACGCUCAAAACGAGACUGCUGAGUAUGAAUACUUUGACGAUCACGACCACGAUGACCCUCCAGAUCCUACUAGUAGUAGCUACUACCACUACGGAGGACAGAGUUCUUUCCAGACUACACAGCCCGACUACUCGGAAUCAGAAGAGGCCGAGCGAGAAGAACUCAUGGGUCUGAUCAUGGGCAGUCUCGGGCGAGAAGUUGCGCGCGCCGAGGAAGAGGCCUGGAUGUUUGGCGAGUCAUCGACCACCGGCAUGGGCUUUGGGGCUGCUGGAAGGGAUGAGAUUGGAGUGUAUGAUUGAUUGACCAGCCCACCACAACCAGACCCAGUAACAGUUAGGUACCUAAGGGGAAAAUGACAAUACUGGCAGGAACAAAAAUGACCAAAAAGUCAGCUAGUGGUGUGUGUUCUUUGGUGUCUCUGUUCUUUGUAUGAUUUGAACUGCCGGCGCACUGAAGACCAGGUUCAAACCCCAUCCAUCCAGCCGUUCCUUGGCUAAAUUAGCCACGGAGAAAGAUCACAUCAACAAAUAGAACAACAACAACAACUAAUAGAGGCUGAUAUAACCUCUAUUGUCGCUCAAUGUUACUCAAUCCAGAUCCAUGGUAGGCGGCUUUUCAAUCUCCUUUGCAGCAGGCGGAAGUUUCGGCGUGCCAGCUUUGGCAGCAGGACUACUGGCUGCACCGCCGCCGCCGCCGAACAACAUACUCCCCAUCAUAUCAAACAGCGGAUUCCCACCCUGUCUAGGCAGACGGAUGCCGAACCAGAUGUCGCCGAUAUUGGCAAGAGCGUCGCUCCAGAGACCUUCGGUGUCCUUGAGAUGGGAGGCGUAGUACUUUGCCAGCUGGCGGAACAGACCGGCGUCGGCCUUUUGGGCCGCGAGCAGCAGCAACGCCAGGAAAUUGAGGAGCGGAAUGGACGGGAACACGCGCAGACUCAAGCCGGACUUGCUCGACUCCAGAGGCUGCGACAUGGCGAGUAGAGCCGGGUUCGACGUGGUCAGGUGUGAGGUAAAAGUGCUGAGGGCUUGGUUGGCAGACGCCAGGUCGCCAACCAGCAAGUAUGGCAGGACGGAGCGCGACGCGUAGAUGGCCGCCAGGUGCGGCUGGUCGAGCCGAUACCAGUUGUAAUGCAGUGAAGCGAGGAUAGGGGCCGACUCGCGCGUACCUAGAAUCAAGUGUCGUUCGGCGUCGUAGACUUCUCCUUCUGUAGAGACACAGAUGGAUGGUUAGUAUAUAUAUUCUUCCAUGGUCCUCCCUCCCCUCCAAAGCACUCGCAACCGCAUCCAG